CAAAACCUUCUUGUUGCAACAUCAAGCUCAUCUGGUGCACCCAUUUGUUCCUUCGUGGGCAAAGGUUUUUCCACACGUUUGAGCCCACAACACCGCAACAGCUGUAGGCACGAUGUCGCGAUGGCAAAACACAGUUCGUUCGGCAAACAGUAAAAACCCGCCCAGGUCUUCCGCGCCCCAGCUGCCGCCAGAGUUCGCAGCCAUUGCCGUUUUAGGAUAAGACAGGCGCUCCGCCUCUUUUUCAUUCGUUUCAAGCCGUAGUUUCUCAUUUGCCGCGUUGCGCCCCUCGGUUUGUUUGCCUCCAUUUUCGCAGCGCAUAGCAACAGGAAAAAAAAAAAAAAAACCAUGAGUGUGUGCGGACCAACACUCUUGGCACUGAGCCUAGUGCUAUCGCUUUUCGGAACCAGCACAGCCCACUGGGAGGCGCUCGCCGCCAGCUCCACCGCGGAAUGUUGCAACACGUGCAUCGGCAAGACGUCGGACGCCGUCUACAGCUACGACCCCGUGGUCUUUUCCCAGUGCUCGAACGUGACCGGCGGCGUUUGCUGCUUCGACUGUGGUAGUAUGGGCGACCCGUCGUAUGGCGACACAAUCUCGUACGGAGACGACGGCGUGACGGCCGUUGUGCAGGCGGGCACGUUCAUUUCCUUCACUUGGAGUGGCGUUGAAAACGUCACGUACAUUUCCCUCAAGACCGGGCAAAAGAAGACCGUGACGCCGACAUAUUCCGACUCUGCGGCAACCGUCAAGUCGGACACUUUUCUCAUUUGUGCCAAGUCGGCCGGCACCAUUUACUUCCGCGGAUGGGGCAGUGACGCUUGUCGUGAGGCGUCUCAGGAAUACUCCGUCACGGUAGAGGCCAGUGACUCGACCGCCAACACAUGCAAUGCCGACGAUGUGGUGGUGCCCACGGCGUCCCCUACCGGCUCGGGUUCCGUCGCGAAUGACGACACUGUGGACAGUUGCAACGCCCAGCGAGCGAGUGUGCAGGUUGUCGAUGGCACGCGGACUUGUGUCUGUGUUUCAGAUUGGGCCAAUCCGCCCGAGUGUGACCAGUGGCCCGUGUGGAAAUGGCUUGUCACCAUCGGUGGUGGCGUUGCCGCCUUGUUUUCCAUUAUCAUUUCCGUUCGUGCGUUCCUGGCUAGUCGCAAGAAGAAACGUGAGGAGGAGUAUCGUGAGAAUCUGGCGCCGGGUGCCAAGAGCGACGUCGAGACGCUGCAGGUGACGCCAGACCACGGGUAUAAUGGCAACACUCAGGCCCCGUACAAAUACAACCCGGAGGUGGACCGCAACCCCGGAGGCGCACGGAAGGCCGACGACCGCGAGUUCACGUUGUGAGAAAUUCGUAGAAAAUAACGUUAGAGCGAUGCCUCGAGCGAAACUAGUUAGCUUCCCUUCUCACCGUGGAUGUGGCUCCUGCGUUGGCUGGCAUUUGGUGUGAUGGCGAUGAGGUGGAAAGGAUUCUGCCGCGUAGUGGUCGUGACAAGACAGCAGAGAGUCAGCCGAGGUGAUCGUAUGUGCAAUAUACCCCCGUUCCUUUUUGACACUGCCGAGCAUUUUGUUGCGAUUGACAAAUGUGACGACGCAAAUUGAAACAAUUGACAAUGGAAAUGUCUCGAAUAGUGUCGUCAAACAGCGAAGUUCAGUAGACUGUCACA